AUGGUAGAAGAGGUGCACACGUACGUCCAGGAGGUGACAACAGAAGACGAGCAGUUUCUGGUGCAGAUUACGCCACCAGCAAACAUCAAGGGACUCAGAGUGACAGUGAAGAAGCCAUCGAGCAGGGCCAAGAAGGAGAACGAGGGCGACUCGGACGACACCGAUGAAUCGAGCUACUUUGACGAAAUGGGUGAGAAAGUGGAACAGACGCCCUACAAGAAGAAGUUUACUGCCCCAGGUGAAUACGUCAUUAUGGUAACAAAUGCAUCAAAGAAGACCAUUUACUACAGCAUGUCUUGCUACGUGAGCAAGAAGGAGAGGGAGACUGACGCAGGAAUAGACCAGCUACGAGACGUCCUUCACACCCUGAGCACCCACAUGGACAAUCUCAGGUCUGAGAACUACUACUACAACACACAGCAAAACAAGAACAUCGAGGAGGCCAAGACGAUCAGGAGAAUGGUGAAUCUGCUGAUUCUGUUUCCCGUUCUGACCAUUCUGGUUGGAUGGGCCAAGCAUGCGAUAAUUCGUGGAAUGGUGAAGCCAAGUAAGAAGAAGUUUAGUAAGGUGUUUUAG